UUGGAUUUUCUAAUAGAGAAUCUCAAGAUGGCGUCGAGUGGAGGAGAUGGAGAACCUGAGUGGACCGCAGCUGUACGACCGCUUUUAUCAGCGUCAUACACAGCAUUUGAAACGAAAGAGCUACCUCAGCUUAUAGGAUCCAUCAUUAACAGUGAAUCAGAGAUUCUACACCAUGACAAACAAUAUGAGCCGUUCUACUCAUCAUUUGUGGCACUCUCAGCACAUUACAUCACCACAGUAUGUGGACAAAUCCCUAGAAAUCAGUUGCUGUCGGUAGCAGCCGCCUGUAAAGUAUUGAUUGAAUUCUCUCUGCUGCGGCUGGAAAACCCAGAUGAAGCAUGUGCAGUUUCACAGAAGCACCUGAUCUUGUUAAUAAAGGGCCUCUGCACAGGAUGCAGUCGUCUGGAUCGAACAGAGAUCAUCACCUUCACCGCUAUGAUGAAGUCUGCCAAACUCCCCCAGACAGUGAAGACGCUCUCAGACGUGGAGGACCAGAAGGAGAUCCCCUCCCCAGUGAACCCAGAGCUGCGACACAAAGAAGUGCAAAUGAACUUUUUCAAUCAGCUGACCUCAGUCUUCAACCCAGACAUCACCAUCUUGGCCUCUCCCACCCCGCACAUGCAGGCUGAGAGUGAGUGUGAUGAGCAGUCCACGACAGACCAGGCAACUCAGGCCAAAAUGAAGAAUGCCUUCAUCUCCCAAAAUGUGUCUAGUUUACAAGAGCUAGGCGGGUCGGAGAAGCUGCUGCGUGUGUGCCUCAACCUGCCCUACUUCUUGCGCUACAUCAACCGCUUCCAGGAUGCCGUGUCGGCCAACUCUUUUUUCAUCAUGCCGGCCACUGUGGCCGACGCCACAGCCGUUCGGAAUGGCUUUCACUCCCUGGUGAUUGACGUGACCAUGGCCUUGGAUACUCUCUCCCUGCCCGUGCUGGAGCCCCUGACUCCUGGGAGACUACUUGACGUGACCGUGCUUGCACUCAGCUGCCUCUACGCCGGUGUGAGUGUGGCCACCUGUAUGGCCAUCCUGCAGGUGGGCAGCGGCCUACAGCUCCGCUCCACUGGUGCCACGGGCUCCAAAGAGGAGGACUACGAAAACGACGCCGCCACCAUCGUACAGAAAUGCCUGGAGAUCUAUGACAUGAUCGGUCAGGCCAUCAGCAACUCGCGCAGAGCAGGAGGAGAGCACUACCAGAACUUCCAGCUGCUGGGCGCCUGGUGCCUGCUGAACAGCCUGUACCUCAUCCUCAACCUGAGCCCCACCGCGCUGGCUGACAAAGGGAAAGAGAAGGACCCGCUGGCAGCACUGAGAGUCCGAGAUAUCGCCACACGCACCAAAGACGGAGCAGGAUCCCCCAAGCUGGGUCCAGGGAAGGGGCACCAAGGGUUCGGAGUCCUCUCAGUCAUCUUGGCCAACCACUCCAUCAAGCUGCUCACCUCCCUGUUCCAAGACCUGCAAGUAGAGGCUCUACACAGGGUACAGGGUUGGGCGAGCGAUGGUCCCCCAGCAGAGCUCAGCAUCAUGGCCCAGAGCACCUCCAUCCAGAGGGUGCAGCGGCUCAUCGACUCCGUGCCCCUCACCAACCUCCUCUUCACUCUGCUCUCCACCUCCUAUAAGAAGGCGUGUGUGCUCCAGAGACAGAGGAAAGGCUCCGUGAGCAGCGACGCCAGCGCCUCCACCGACUCCAACACCUACUACGAGGACGACUUCAGCAGCACGGAGGAAGACAGCAGCCAGGCAGAGAGAAGACAGGAGAGGACAAGAGCAGCUUGUAUCUCAGACGAUGACAGCGAGCCCAUUCUGGGGCUGUGGUUCGAAGAGACCAUCUCCCCCAGCAAGGAGAAAGUGGCCCCACCGCCGCCACCUCCCCCUCCGCCGCUUGAGACGUCGCCCAGGCUGAAGAGCCCCAGCAAGCAGGCGCCCGGAGAGAACGGCAACAUCCUGGCCAGCCGCAAGGACCCAGAGCUGUUUUUGAGCUUGGCCUCCAGCAUACUGAACUUCAUCACCACCUCCAUGCUGAAGUCCAGGAACAACUUCAUCAGGAACUACCUGAGUGUGUCCCUGACUGAGCAACACAUGGCCACUCUGGCCAGCAUCAUCAAGGACGUGGACAAAGACGUCAAAGGGUCCUCUGAUGAUGAGUUUGCAUCAGCUCUGUAUCACUUCAACCACUCCCUGGUGACGUCGGACCUGCCAUCACCAGCACUGCAGAACACCCUGCUGCAGCAGCUGGGAGUGGCCCCGUUCUCGGAGGGCCCGUGGCCCAUGUACAUUCACCCCCAGUCCCUGUCUGUGCUGUCCAGGCUGCUGCUGAUCUGGCAGCACAAGGCCAGCCAGCAGGGGGACCCCGACGUGCCAGAGUGCAUGAAGGUCUGGGAGAGGUUUGUGGGCACACUGAAGCAGCACACGCUGCAGGGUUCGCUGCCCAGCGACGAGGACCUGAACGUGGAGCACCUGCAGCUGCUGCUCCUCAUCUUCCACAACCUGUCGGACUCGGGCCGCCGCAGCGUGCUCACGCUCUGCACCCAGGCCAUCGCGGAGGUGGCCGCCCACGUGGACUCCCAGCUCCAGGGCGUGCCCCUCAAUCUGGCCCGCAUCCUGCUGGUCUUUGACUACCUGCUGCACCAGUACUCCAAAGCCCCCGUGUACCUCUUUGAGCAGGUCCAGUAUAAUCUGCUGACCCCGCCUGCGACCGGAGGCAGCUCUGGCCUGGAGGGCGGCAAGCGUGGGUCCACCCCACUGUACUACGGCUUCAAAGAGGUGGAGGACAACUGGGCCAAACACUGCUCGGCAGGUAGGAAUUCAACGGUUCAGCCCAAAUUCUACUGCGUCUUGUCUCCUGAGGCAUCAGAGGAUGACCGGAGUCGCCUAGACAACAAGGUUUUCUACGUGUUGUUCAACAUUUCUGUGAAAUACGACAACCUGUACUCCAGUCUGGUCUCUCUGCUGUCUGCCGGCUCACGCUUUGACAUGGCCAGAAGGCAGGAGAACAAACCAAUCACACCAAUCGAGGCGUGUUCUCUGCAGUACUACUUCCUGGUGCUGUGGAGGAUUCUGGGAGUACUGCCUCCAUCCAAAGCAUACUUAGAGCAGCUGAAGACGGGCAGUAGCGACCCCAGCGAGAGUGACAUCCUACACACCCUCCGCUGGUCGUCACGGCUACGCGUCAGCACAUACGUCAACUGGAUCAAGGAGCACCUGUUGAAACAGGGCAUAAAGUUGGACCAUGCCACAUCUCUGGUUGAGAUGGCCUCCACCAAGUGCAGUGCUGUGAAGUAUGAUGUGGACCUGGCAGAGGAGUACAUUGCCAGACAAAUCUCAUCCUUCUGCAGCGUGGACCCCAACACCAUCCUGCCUCUUCACCAGGUGCCCUCCCUGCAGACCAUCUACACCCUGGACGCGGUCAUCUCCAAAGUGCAGGUGUCCCUGGACGAGCACUUCUCCAAGGUGGCGGCCGAGAGUGACCCACAGAAGUCUUCGGAGAUCACCAAGAACCUGCUGCCGGCCGCCCUGCAGCUCAUCGACCUCUACACCGCCUUCACACGCUCCUACCUGCUGAUGAGUCUGCCAGAGGAGGGGGAGAACAAGCCCACGGAGGCCAAGCUGCAGGGCUACGCUGCGGUUCUGUCCAUCGGCUCCACACGCUGCAAAGCCAACGCGCUCGGCCAGUUAGUGAUGCAGAACCUCCCGUCAGCCGUGCAGACUCUCUGCGAGACGUGGAACAACAUCCACACCAACGAGUUCCCCAACAUUGGCUCAUGGCGGAACGCCUUUGCCAACGACACCAUCCCGUCUGAGAGCUACAUCAGUGCCAUCCAGGCGGCGCACCUGGGCACCCUGAGCAGCCAGUCUCUGCCCCUGGCGUCGUCCCUCAAACACAUCCUGCUCUCGCUGGUGCGCCUCACUGGAGACCUGCUUGUCACCGAGGAGCUGAAUGCCUCUCAGGUGAUCCACUCGCUGCUGCCCCUGCUGCUGGAGAGCAGCACGGAGAGUGUGGCCGAGAUCAGCAGCACCUCUCUGGAGCGCAUCCUGGGCCCCGCCGAGUCCGACGCCUUCCUCGCCCGCGUCUACGAGCGCCUCGUCACCGGCUGCUACAACAUCAUCGCCAACCACGCCGACCCCAACAGUGGGCUGGACGAGUCUGUGCUUGAGGAGUGUCUGCAGUACCUGGAAAAGCAGCUGGAGAGCAGCCAAGUCAGGAAAGCCAUGGAGGAGUUCUUCUCUUUCAGUGGGGAACUUGUUCAGAUCAUGAUGGCAACUGCCAAUGAGAAUCUGUCUGCAAAGUUCUGCAACAGAGUGUUGAAAUUCUUCACCAAACUCUUUCAGCUCACGGAGAAGAGCCCCAACCCGAGCCUGCUGUACCUGUGCGGCUCGCUGGCCCAGCUGGCGUGUGUGGAGCCCUCUCGCCUGCAGGCCUGGCUGACGCGCAUGACCGCCACGCUGCCCAAGGACUCGGAUCAGCUGGACACGGUGCAGGAGAACCGGCAGCUGCUGCAGCUGCUCACCACUUACAUCGUGCGCGAGACCAGCCAGGUGGGCGAGGGCGUCUGCACCGUGCUCCUCAGCACGCUCAUCCCCAUGGCGACCGAGAUGCUGGCCAAUGGCGACGGAGCCGGAUUCCCCGAGCUCAUGGUCAUCAUGGCAACGCUGGCCAGCGCCGGUCAGGGGGCGGGGCACCUGCAGCUGCACCGUGCCGCCAUUGAAUGGCUGACCAGAUGUAAAAAAUACUUGUUGUUGAAGAAUGUUGUUGAGAAAGUGUCCGCCAACGUCUCCCAAGGCAAACACGCCAGCAUGCUGGAGUGUGCCUGUCACAUCAUCUCCUACCUGGCCGACGUAAUGAACGCCCUGAGGCAGAGCGGCGGCCAGGGCUCGUCCACAAUGCUGGUGGAGGGCGAGGAGAAGGCCAUCGAGGUGGACUCUGACUGGGUGGAGGACCUGGCCGUGGAGGAGGACGACUCUCAGGCGGAGGACUCGGAUGAAGACUCCCUUUGCAACAAGCUAUGCACAUUUACCAUCACACAAAAGGAGUUCAUGAACCAGCACUGGUACCAUUGUCACACGUGCAAGAUGGUGGAUGGGGUAGGUGUGUGCACAGUGUGUGCCAAGGUCUGUCACAAAGACCACGAGAUCUCCUAUGCCAAGUACGGCUCUUUCUUCUGUGACUGCGGUGCCAAAGAGGAUGGCAGCUGCCAGGUGAGACCGAAUACCUCCUCAGGUCAUCAUGGGAAAAGAACAGCUGCGGCCUUGGUGAAGCGCAGUCCCAGCAGUGGCAUGGGCUCCACCAUGAAGGAGUCGUCAGCCUUCCAGAGCGAGCUGCGCAUGCCCGAGAGCGCCAUCCGCCACCAGAACGCCUCGCCCGCCGAUAAGGCCAAGGUGACCAUCUGCGACGGCAAGCCUGGCGACGACGAGAAGCCCAAGAAGAGCAGCGUGUGCAAGAACAUCGAGGGCUGCCGUGAGGACCUGCUGGCACAAGUGUCAAGCUCCAGCACAGCGGGUCUGAUCCUGGAGAUGCUGAUCUUCCUGAUGGACGCCAUCAUGACCAACUUCCAGCAGGCCUCCGCUGUGGGCUCCAGCAGCCGCGCCCAGCAGGCCCUCAACGAGCUGCACACCCAGGACAAGAACGUGGAGAUGACCGACCAGCUCAUGGUUCCCACGCUGGGUUCCCAGGAGGGAGCGUUUGAGAACGUGCGGAUGAACUACAGUGGGGACCAGGGCCAGACUAUCAGGCAGCUGAUCAGCGCUCACGUGCUGCGGCGCGUAGCCAUGUGUGUGCUCUCCUCCCCCCACGGCCGACGACAGCACCUCGCCGUCAGCCACGAGAAGGGAAAGAUCACAGUGCUCCAGCUGUCGGCGCUCCUGAAGCAGGCGGACUCCAGCAAGAGGAAGCUGACGCUGACCCGCCUGGCCUCCGCCCCCGUCCCCUUCACCGUGCUCAGCCUCACUGGGAACCCCUGCAACGAGGACUACCUGGCCGUGUGUGGCCUCAAGGACUGCCACGUCCUGACCUUCAGCAGCACCGGCUCGGUGUCCGAUCACCUGGUCCUACACCCCCAGCUGGCCACCGGCAACUUCAUCAUUAAAGCCAUCUGGCUUCCUGGCUCCCAGACCGAGCUGGCCAUCAUUACCGCUGACUUUGUCAAGAUUUAUGACCUGUCAGUGGACGCCCUUAGCCCUAUGUACUACUUCCUGCUUCCGAGCUCAAAGAUCCGAGAUGCCACCUUCCUGUUCAAUGAGGAAGGCAAGAACAUCAUCGUCAUCAUGUCAUCCGCUGGGUACAUGUACACGCAGGUGAUGGACGAGUCCAGCAGUGCUCAGCACGGCCCUUUCUACGUCACCAACGUGCUGGAGAUCAACCACGAGGACCUCAAGGACACUAACGGUCAGGUGGCAGGUGGUGGAGUGUCUGUGUACUACUCCCACGUGCUCCAGAUGCUGUUCUUCAGCUACAGCCAGGGCAAGUCCUUCGCUGCCACAGUCAACCGCAGUAGCAUGGACAUGCAGAGACUGUUCACCAUCAAUGUGAAAGGGUCCAACGGAGGCAGCAAGACGUCCCCCGCGCUGUGCCAGUGGUCGGAGGUGAUGAACCACCCUGGGCUGGUGUGCUGUGUGCAGCAGACCACAGGCAUCCCCCUGGUCAUCAUGGUGAAGCCAGACACCUUCCUCAUCCAGGAGAUCAAAACCCUGCCUGCCAAGGCCAAGAUCCAGGACAUGGUGGCGAUCCGUCACACGGCGAGUAACGAGCAGCAGCGCACCACCAUGAUCCUGCUGUGUGAGGACGGCAGCCUGCGCAUCUACAUGGCCAACGUGGAGAACACCUCCUACUGGCUGCAGCCCUCCCUGCAGCCCAGCAGCGUCAUCAGCAUCAUGAAGCCCGUGCGCAAGCGCAAGGCCGCCGCAGCAACCACACGGACCUCGAACCUGAUGACGUUCCCAGUGGACUUCUUUGAGCACAACCAGCAGCUGACAGAGGUGGAGUUUGGUGGGAAUGACCUGCUGCAGGUCUACAACGGCCAGCAGAUCAAACACCGCCUCAACUCCACAGGGAUGUAUGUGGCCAACACCAAGCCGGGCGGCUUCAUGGUGGAGGUGGUGAACAACAACAGCUCCAUGGUGAUGACCGGCAUGCGGGUGCAGGUGGGCACGCAGGCCAUCGAGCGAGCGCCAUCCUACGUGGAGGUGUUCGGGCGCAGCAUGCAGCUCAACCUGACGCGCUCGCGCUGGUUCGACUUCCCCUACACACGCGAGGAGGCCCUGCAGGCCGACAAGAAGCUCUCCCUCUUCAUUGGAGCUUCAGUGGACCCUGCUGGCGUCACCAUGCUGGACUCUGUUAAGAUCUACGGCAAGACCAAAGAGCAGUUUGGCUGGCCGGAUGAGCCGCCUGAGGACUUCCCCUCUGCUUCGGUCAACAAUGUGUGCAGCCCCAACCUCAACCCGGGCAACGGCACGAGCGACACCGACAUCGCCGUCCCCGUCUCCACCAGUGGGACUGUGUUGGAGAGUUGUGAAACUGAGUCCUUAUCAACCUUGGACCGACUGGUAGUCAGUUCCCUGGAGGCUCUGGAGAGCUGCUUUGCAGUGGGCUCCAACACUGAGAAGGAGAAGAACAAGACCGCCGCUCUGGAGCUGGCCACUCUCCUGCUGUCCAUGCCCACGCCCGCAGGAGUGCAGCAGCAGACCAAAGGGCUCCUGGCCAGUCUGCACACCAGCCGUGUCGCUUACCACAAUCACAAGGACCAGUCCCUACUGAGCAAUGCAGUGCAGUGUCUGAACAGCUGCAGUAAGGACAGCAAAGACCUGGACCCUGAUGUGUUCCAGAGGCUGGUCAUCACGGCUCGCUCCAUCGCCAUCAUGAGGCCAAACAACCUGGUGCACUUCACCGAAACCAAACUCCCAAAUGCUGAAUCAGAAAUGACUGAAGAUGCUCAGAAGCCAGCUGAUGGAGAAGGUUGUAACUUCAUCAUGCAGCUGGUGAACAACUUCUGGAAGCUCCACGCUCUCAAACCAAAGAAUGCCUUCCUGGCUCCGGCCUGUUUGCCAGGGCUGACCCACAUUGAAGCCACAGUGAACGCUCUGGUGGACAUCAUCCACGGAUACUGCACCUGUGAACUGGACUACAUCAAUGUUGCCUCCAAAAUCUACAUGCAGAUGCUGCUGUGUCCAGACACGUCUGUGAGCUUUGCCUGCAAGCAGGCCUUGAUCCGCGUGCUGAGACCCAGGAACAAGCGCCGGCACGUGACCCUGCCAUCCCCACCGCGCUCCAACACACCCAUGGGUGAUAAAGACGAUGAUGACGACGAUGAUGCUGAUGACAAAAUGCAGCCGUCAGGCAUGACCGCCGGAGAGAGCGGUCGCCAGGAGAGCCAAGAGCAAAGCGAAGUGGACCACGGUGAUUUUGAGAUGGUGUCCGAGUCCAUGGUUCUGGAGACGGCAGAGAGCGUGAACAACGGGAACCCCUCUCCACUAGAGGCGCUGUUGGCCGGAGCGGAAGGCUUCCCCCCCAUGCUGGACAUCCCCCCUGAUGCUGAUGACGAGACCAUGGUUGAGCUGGCCAUCGCACUCAGCCUCCAGCAGGACCAGCAAGGUCAGCAAGGCAGCAGCAGCAGUGCCCUGGGUCUCCAGAGCCUGGGUCUCUCUGGCCAGGCCCCCAGCUCGUCCUCACUGGACGCAGGAACCCUUUCAGACACCACAGCAUCAGCUCUGGUUCUGCUUUCAGCCCCGGCCUCGGACGACGAGGGGAGCACAGCGGCCACGGACGGCUCCACGCUGCGCACCUCUCCCGCCGAGCACGGGGGCAGCGUGGGCUCAGAGAGCGGCGGCAGCGCCAUCGACUCGGUGGCCGGAGAGCACAACGUGUCUGGCCGCAGCAGUGCCUACGGCGACACCACAGUGGAGGGCCACCCUGCGGGCCCCGGGAGCGUGAGCUCCAGCACAGGGGCCAUCAGCACCACCACGGCCCAGCAGGAGGGAGAUGGCUCAGAGGGGGAGGGAGAGACCGAGGGCGACAUCCACACCAGCAACAGGCUGCACAUGGUGCGUCUGAUGCUGCUGGAGCGCCUGCUGCAGCACCUGUCGCAGCUGCACAGCGUGGGGGGCGUGCGUGCCAUCCCUUACAUGCAGGUGGUCCUCAUGCUGACCGCAGACCUGGACGGGGAGGACGAGAAGGACAAAGGGGCGCUGGACGACCUGCUGGCCCAGCUCAUCGCCGAGCUCGGCAUGCACAAGAAGGAUGUCUCCAAGAAGAACGAGCGCAGCCCCAUCAACGAGGUGCACCUGGUCAUCAUGAGGCUCCUCAGCGUCUUCAUGUCCCGCACCAAGUCUGGAUCCAAAUCUUCCUCUGAGUCCUCCUCCCUCAUCUCCAACGCCACGGCCACAGCCCUGCUCAGCCUGGGGGCCAUCGACUACUGUCUGCACGUGCUCAAGUCUCUGCUGGAGUUCUGGAAGACGCAGCAGGGCGAGGAGGAGCCGGCGGCCGCCAGCCAGCUGCUCAAGCCCCACGCCUCCUCCUCCCCCCCAGACAUGAGCCCCUUCUUCCUGCGCCAGUAUGUCAAGGGCCACGCCUCAGACGUGUUUGAGGCCUACUCCCAGCUGCUCACUGAGAUGGUGCUCAGACUGCCCUACCAGAUCAAGAAGAUCGCCGACACCAACCCACGCAUCCCACCCCCCAUCUUUGACCACUCCUGGUUCUACUUCCUCUCUGAGUACCUGAUGAUCCAGCAGACGCCGUUUGUGCGCAGGCAGGUACGCAAGCUGCUCCUCUUCAUCUGCGGCUCCAAGGAGAAGUACCGCCAGCUGCGCGACCUGCACACGCUGGACUCACACGUGCGUGGCAUCAAGAAGCUGCUGGAGGAGCAGGGCAUCUUCCUCCGGGCCGGCGUCGUCACGGCGUCAUCGGGCUCCGCCCUGCAGUACGACACCCUCAUCAGCCUGAUGGAACAUCUGAAGGCCUGUGCAGAAAUUGCCACUCAGAGAACCAUCAACUGGCAGAAGUUCUGCAUGAAGGAUGAGUCGGUGCUGUACUUCCUGCUGCAGGUGAGUUUCCUGGUAGAUGAGGGGGUGUCUCCGGUGCUGCUGCAGCUGCUGUCCUGUGCGCUGUGUGGCAGUAAGGUCCUGGCUGCCUCCUCCUCGGGAGGCUCCGGCGGGGGCUCGGGGGCCCAGUCCUCCCAGAGCAAGUCCUCCAGCAAGAAGAGCAAGAAGGAGGAGAAGGAGAAGGAGAAAGAGGGAGAGGGUGUUGGUAGUCUGGAGGAUCAGCUGUGCACCGCUCUGGUCAGUCAGCUCAACAAGUUCGCUGACAAGGAGACUCUGAUCCAGUUCCUGCGCUGCUUCCUGCUGGAGUCCAACUCCUCAUCGGUGCGCUGGCAAGCCCACUGCCUGGCCCUGCACAUCUACAGAAACUCCAGUAAGUCCCAGCAGGAGCUGCUUCUGGACCUCAUGUGGGCCAUAUGGCCCGAGCUGCCCGCGUACGGACGCAAGGCGGCCCAGUUUGUGGACCUGCUCGGCUACUUCUCCCUGAAGACGCCGCAGACAGAGAAAAAGCUAAAGGAAUACUCACAGAAGGCUGUAGAAAUUCUCCGAACCCAAAACCACAUCCUCACCAAUCACCCCAACUCCAACAUCUACAACACCCUGUCUGGACUGGUAGAAUUUGAUGGAUUUUUCCUGGAAAGCGAUCCCUGCUUGGUCUGCAACAACCCAGAAGUGCCCUUCUCAAACAUCAAACUGUCAUCAAUUAAAGUGGACACGCGGUACACCACCACCCAGCAGGUGGUGAAGCUCAUCGGGAGCCACACCAUCAGCAAAGUCACGGUGAAGAUCGGCGAUCUCAAACGCACCAAGAUGGUGCGCACUAUCAACCUGUACUACAACAACAGAACCGUGCAGGCCAUCGUGGAACUGAAAAACAAGCCUGCUCGCUGGCACAAGGCUAAGAAGGUGCAGCUGACCCCGGGGCAGACGGAGGUGAAGAUCGACCUGCCCCUGCCCAUCGUGGCGUCCAACCUGAUGAUCGAGUUCUCAGACUUCUAUGAGAACUACCAGGCCUCCACUGAGACCCUACAGUGCCCUCGCUGCAGCGCGUCUGUGCCCGCUAACCCUGGAGUCUGUGGCAACUGUGGAGAGAACGUGUACCAAUGCCACAAGUGCAGAUCCAUAAACUACGAUGAGAAGGACCCCUUCCUGUGCAAUGCCUGCGGCUUCUGCAAGUACGCCCGCUUUGACUUCAUGCUGUAUGCCAAGCCCUGCUGUGCCGUGGAUCCCAUUGAGAAUGAAGAGGACAGGAAGAAGGCGGUGACCAACAUCAACACACUGCUGGAUAAGGCAGACCGGGUGUACCACCAGCUCAUGGGCCACAGGCCUCAACUAGAGAGCCUGCUGUCCAAGGUGAAUGAGGCGGCCCCAGAGAAACCACAGGACGACACGGGCGCGGGUGCAGGGCUGGGUACCGCCACUGCCAGUGUGAACAGGUACAUCCAGCAGCUGGCGCAGGAGUACAGCGGAGACUGCAAAACCUCCUUUGAUGAGCUCUCCAAAAUCAUCCAGAAAGUGCUGGCGUCGCGUAAGGAGCUGCUGGAGUACGACCUGCAGCAGCGCGAGGCGGCCACGCGCUCCUCCCGCUCCAGCUCAGGCGCCCACCAGCCCACCUUCACGGCCAGCCAGUACCGCGCCCUCUCCGUGCUGGGCUGCGGCCACACCUCGUCCAACAAGUGCUACGGCUGCGCCUCGGCCGUCACGGGCCACUGCAUCACGCUGCUGCGCGCGCUCGCCACAAACCCUGCCAUCCGCCAGAUCCUGGUGCUGCAGGGCCUCAUCCGCGAGCUCUUCGAGUACAACCUGCGCCGCGGCACCAGCAACAUGCGGGAGGAGGUGCGCCAGCUCGUGUGCCUGCUCACCAGAGAUCACCCUGAAGCCACCCAGCAGAUGAACGACCUCAUCAUCGCCAAAGUGUCAGCAGCUCUGAAGGGCCACUGGGCCAACCCAGAUCUGGUGAGCAGUCUGCAGUAUGAGAUGCUGCUCCUCACGGACUCCAUUGCCAGGGAAGGAGGAUGCUGGGAGUUACGUCUGCGAUGUGCUCUCAGUCUGUUCCUGAUGGCAGUGAACAUUAAGACCCCAGUGGUGGUGGAGAACAUCACUCUGAUGUGCCUCAGAAUCCUCCAGAAACUCAUCAAACCCCCCGGCCCCACCAGCAAGAAGAACAAGGAUGCUGCGGUUGAAUCCCUGACCACUGUUAAGCCAUACAGCAACGAGAUCCACGCACAGGCCCAGCUGUGGCUCAAAAAGGAUCCCAAAGCCUCUUAUGAGGCCUGGAAAAAGUGCCUUCCAGCCAGAUGUCAGGAGGCGGUCUCCAAGCCUGCCAACAAGACGGAGUUUCGGAGGCAGUACCUGAUGGAGAAGUACGUGUGGAAAUGGAAGCAGUUCGUCCGGUCACGGUCCGAGAGCCUCUUCCCACGCCUGCUCAAACUGGGCCACAACAACUGGCUGCGACAGGUGCUGUUCACCCCCGCCACCCAGGCAGCGAGGCAGGCAGCCUGCACCAUCGUGGAGGCCCUCACCUCCAUCCCCAGCCGCAAACAGCAAGUGCUGGACCUCCUCACAAGCUACCUAGACGAGCUGAGCAUAGCAGGGGAGUGUGCUGCGGAGUACCUGGCCCUCUACCAGAAACUCAUCAAGCCGGCGCACUGGAAGGUCUACCUGGCCGCUCGAGGAGUUCUGCCCUAUAUUGGCAACCUCAUCACCAAGGAAAUCGCCCACCUGCUGGCUCUGGAGGAGGCUACCCUGAGCACAGACCUCCAGCAGGGCUAUGCACUCAAGAGUCUGACCGGGCUGCUGUCCUCCUUCGUGGAGGUGGAGUCGAUCAAGCGGCACUUCAAGAGCCGCCUGGUGGGCACGGUGCUCAACGGCUACCUGUGCCUGAGGAAGCUGGUGGUGCAGCGGACCAAGCUCAUCGACGAGACGCAGGACAUGCUGCUGGAGAUGCUGGAGGACAUGACCACAGGGACUGAGUCGGAGACGAAAGCUUUCAUGGCGGUGUGCAUUGAGACUGCCAAGCGCUACGACCUGGAUGACUACCGCACGCCGGUGUUCAUCUUUGAAAGACUAUGCAGCAUCAUCUAUCCGGAGGAGAACGAGGUGACUGAGUUCUUUGUGACGCUGGAGAAAGACCCGCAGCAGGAGGACUUCCUCCAGGGCCGCAUGCCUGGCAACCCCUACAGCAGCAACGAGCCGGGCAUCGGGCCCCUCAUGAGGGACAUCAAGAACAAGAUCUGCCAGGACUGCGACCUGGUGGCCCUGCUGGAGGACGACAGCGGCAUGGAGCUCCUUGUGAACAACAAGAUAAUCAGCCUGGACCUGUCUGUAGCUGAGGUCUACAAGAAGGUCUGGUGCCCCACCAAUGAGGGAGAGCCUAUGAGGAUCAUUUACAGAAUGAGGGGUCUCUUGGGAGAUGCAACGGAGGAGUUCAUUGAGUCACUGGACUCCACCACAGAUGAAGAGGAGGAUGAGGAGGAGGUGUAUAAGAUGGCUGGGGUGAUGGCCCAGUGUGGAGGUUUGGAGUGUAUGCUCAGUCGCCUGUCUGGAAUCAAGGACUUCAAGCAGGGCAGACACCUGCUCACUGUGCUGCUGAAGUUGUUCAGCUACUGUGUGAAGGUGAAGAUCAACAGACAGCAGCUGGUCAGGCCAGAGAUGAACACCCUGAAUGUCAUGCUGGGUACUUUAAACCUGGCACUGGUGGCGGAGCAGGAGAGUAAGGACAGCGGUGGAGCCUCGAUCGCCGAGCAGGUCCUCAGCAUCAUGGAGAUCAUCCUGGAUGAGGCCAACGCAGAGACGCUGUCUGAAGACAAGGGUAACCUGCUUCUGACUGGAGAUAAGGACCAGCUGGUGAUGUUGCUGGACCAAAUCAACACCCCCUUUGUGCGCUCCAACCCCAGCGUCCUACAGGGCCUCCUGCGCAUCAUCCCCUACCUGUCCUUCGGAGAGCUGGAGAAAAUGCACAUUCUGGUUGAACGCUUUAAGCCCUGCUGCAGUUUUGACAAGUAUGAUGAGGAGCACAGUGCGGACGAUAAGGUCUUUCUGGACUGCUUCUGUAAGAUCGCUGCUGGCAUCAAGAACAACAGCAAUGGCCACCAGCUGAAGGACCUGAUCCUGCAGAAGGGAAUCACUCAAAGCGCCCUGGACUACAUGAAGAAACAUAUCCCCAGCGCCAAGAAUUUGGAUGCAGACGUUUGGAAGAAGUUCUUGUCCAGACCUGCCUUGCCCUUCAUCUUGAGACUGCUCCGUGGUCUGGCCACCCUACACCCCCCUACACAGUCGCUGAUAGGAACGGACUCCAUCAGCAACCUCCACAAGCUGGAGCAGGUGUCCAGUGACGAGGGCAUCGGCACUCUGGCAGAGAACCUUCUGGAAGCACUACGUGAGCACGCGGAUGUGAACCUGAAGAUCGACGCGGCCCGCCGAGAAACCCGGUCGGAGAAGAAGCGCAUGGCGAUGGCCAUGAGGCAGAAGGCCCUCGGCACCCUGGGAAUGACGACCAAUGAGAAGGGCCAGGUGGUGACCAAGACGUCGCUGCUGAAACAGAUGGAGGAGCUGAUCGAGGAGCCAGGCCUGACCUGCUGCAUCUGCAGAGAGGGCUACAAGUUCCAGCCCACCAAGGUGUUGGGGAUUUAUACAUUCACCAAGCGUGUGGCCUUGGAGGAGUCUGAAAACAAGCCCCGCAAGCAGCAGGGCUACAGCACUGUCUCGCACUUUAACAUAGUCCACUACGACUGUCACCUCGCUGCUGUCAGGCUGGCUCGUGGGCGAGAGGAGUGGGAGAGCGCCGCCCUACAGAAUGCCAACACCAAGUGCAAUGGGCUCCUCCCUGUGUGGGGGCCACAUGUACCCGAAUCAGCCUUCGCCACCUGCUUGGCCAGGCACAACACAUAUCUGCAGGAGUGCACAGGGCAGAGGGAGCCCACCUACCAGCUCAACAUCCACGACACCAAGCUGCUGUUCCUGCGCUUCGCCAUGGAGCAGUCCUUCAGCGUGGACACGGGAGGCGGCGGCCGCGAGAGCAACAUCCACCUCAUCCCUUACAUCAUCCACACAGUGCUCUAUGUCCUCAACACCACCAGAGCCACGUCGCGUGAGGAGAAGAACCUGCAGAGCUUCUUGGAGCAGCCGUGUGAGAAGUGGGUGGAGAGCUCGUACGAGGUGGACGGGCCGCACUACUUCACCGUGCUGGCCAUGCACAUCCUGCCGCCUGAGCGCUGGAGGGACACGCGCCUCGACUUCCUGCGCCGCCUGCUCACCGCCGCGCACGCCCGCAAGGUCUCGCCCACCGGAGCCAACAAGCUCACAGACAAAUCUGUGAAGGAAUACGCAGUUUACCGCUCACCACUUCUGUUCUGGGGUCUGGUGGAUCUCAUCUAUGACAUGUUCAGGAAAGUGGCGACCAGUAACACAGAGGGAGGCUGGUCCUUCUCGUUGGCGGAGUACGUGCGGCACAAUGACAUGCCCAUCUUCGAGGCCUCGGAGCGGGUGCUGAGAGCCUUCCAGGACGAGCUCAUGCCCGCUGAAUCCUUCUCAGAGUUCCUGGACGUCGUAGGUCUGCUCUCGGACAUCCCAGACCCUGACGGAUUCCUGCAGGAUGUGUUGAACUCUGUGCCCUGAUGGCAUCCAGCUGAGCGCCCACACUGGACUGGCUGUCCCCCUGCUCCAGAGCGGGGUGGCGCUGCAGACGAGUGGUGGAAGGCUGGCCACCGCAUGGCCCUCCGCCUCGAAGACACCCUUUCCAUGCCCCCCACCUCACCCACUAGGGACACUGUUUAAUCAGAGCCCUGGCUCUCACCCCCCCAAAAAAAUCUAAUCUACACACACACACACACACACACACACACACACACACACACACACACACACACACACACACACACAUAUAUAUAUACAUAUACAGGCAGACAAAAUUAGCUCUGCUCCUGAUCUCCACCAUGGGUUGUUCUACAGCAUCUUCAACUAUAACUCUCCAACCAGGAAACAUCUGUGUGUAGUCUGACGAGUUCAUAAAAAAGAAAAAAAAAAGAAUUAAGAAUAAGAUUGCAAGAUGCCGUUAUUACAUUUUUCUGUAACAUUUAAUGCCUGUGCUGUUCUGAUUAAAACGUGUUGAAGGUGAAAUCUGACAGUAACUCUUCAGAAAUGUAUUUUUUGGAGGGGAGUGGUUUUGAUUAAAUUGUUCAAAAGUGACUUUUCCUUCCCCUGCCCCCCUGAUAAUUAUUAUUCUUUUUUUUCCCCUUUUUUUUUGGUUUUUGAGUUUCCUACUGGGCGCAUCACAGGAUUGUGAAUUCAGUUGUUCUGUGUCAUGCACUAUGUUUCUGGGCUUUUGCGGUGGUGUUCUACAGCUGAUUGUAUUUUGUGGGAAGGGCUGUGGCCUGAUGCUGGUUGUGCGUGUGUUUGUGUGUGUGUUUGAUUUUUUUUUGUUUGUUUUGUUUUCAAGUUGAUGCGCAUGUGUAAGGUUUUUUUUUUUUCUUUCAUUAAUUAAAAAAAUGCUGCAAGUUUUAAAAUGCAUAGCUAACCCGGGACUGUGGUCCAUCUCUGUUAACUGAAGUGAACCCUGACAUGUAACAGGCGAUAACUUGCAACAACAAUUAAACUUCACUUCUCAAGAUGAAAGAA